CAGUCGUACGAAAAUUAUUGUUAAACUUACGCGUUCUCUUUUUUCUGAUAAAACGAGCAAUUACCUAUUUAAACAACAUCACCGUAAAAAAUAAUCACAUUUCUUUUUAACAUGUCUGUUAACAAUAAAAACGACGGCCAGCCACGUUUUACGAUCGAAAAUAAUAUACUGAAAGGAAGAGUGGUGCCAUUUCAGUCUCAGUACACGCAUAUUGGACAGUUGCUGUUCAACUCAAUGAAAAAAAAUGCGAAUCUAGUGGGGCAAGUUGACGCGAUCACAGGUAUCGAAGACACCUUUGGAGAUAUCCUAGAUAUGUCGAUAAAAUGUGCGCUUUGGAUGCAGAAACAAGGAGUUAAAAGUAACGAUAUCAUUGUUAUCUCAUCGCAAAGUAAUUGUGAAGUAUUCAUUCCGUGCAUCGCUGCGCUCUUCAUCGGUGCCAUUUUCAAUCCAUGGGACGAUGAGAAAGAUACAAAGACGACUCGUUAUUACAUCAAACUCAUGCAGCCAAAAGCCAUCUUUGCGGGUGAGAAAUCAGCCCCUAUUGCGCUGGAAGCAGCUAAACUCGAGGAUCAUCCAACGAAGGUAGUGUGUUUUGGUGAUUAUCCAGGCACAACACGGUUCGCUGACAUCCUGAAAGGUCACAGUGAAUCUUCGGUGAUUAAUUUUCAAUGCACCGAUAUCGAGGAUCCUCGGCAAACUGCGAUAAUUAUGUUCUCUUCUGGAACAACGAGUCUUCCCAAAGGAAUACCAUUGACUCAUCAAUCGUUACUGAAGUUGUUGGAAGUAAAAGAGGAGCCUAGUGUCGAUACAUGGAUGUGGUACAGUCCUCUAUUCUGGAUCAGCGGACCGUCUCUUAACAUGAAAAAUAUCAUCUUCCAUAGGAAGAAAAUCGUCCCGCCACCCUUUGAAGAGGAAUCAGCCUGCAAGAUUAUAGAGAAAUACAAGGUGGAAUUAGUGUUAUUGAAUACCACUAGAAUAAAUCGUCUCAUUCGACACAAUCGCUUCUAUGAAUACGAUCUUUCGAGCUUGAAGGUGCUGUAUAUUAUUGGCUCCCCCAUGGAAAAAGUAGUUCAAGACUUGGUAAAGAAGUGUUUUCCACAUACAGUAAUUGCACAAGUUUAUGGUCUGACGGAAACGGGCUACAUAAUUACUGCGCAAUCGGCCAAUUCACCAAGCGGUUCCUCUGGGUUAAUAAAUCAUAACUGUGAGAUAAAAAUUAUUGAUCUGGAAACGGGAAAGACAUUGGGACCGAAUCAGAAGGGUGAAAUCUGUGGUAAAUCGAUAAGUAUGAUGUCGGGUUAUUACAAAAAUCCAGAAGCUACCAAAAAGGUCAUCGACGAAGAUGGAUGGUUACACACGAGUGAUCUUGGUUAUUACACCGAGGAAGGUGAACUAUUCGUUGUCGAUAGACUGUCCGAUUUAAUUAAAUUUAGAGAUCAUUUAAUAAUUCCAAGUGAAAUCGAGGCUGUCUUGCUGACUCAUCCUUCAGUUUUGGAAGUAGCAGUCAUUGGUAAACCUCAUCCUAUCGAUGGUGAACAUCCACUUGCUUUUGUCAGUAAAGUACCAAACAAAAAGGUAUCGGCAGAAGAAUUAAUCGAUUUAGUAGCUAGUAAAUUAAUGGAUCAUUGUCACCUACGUGGUGGGGUGAUAUUUCUACUAUCUUUUCCAUAUACUCCUACAGGAAAGAUUCUUAAGAAGGAAUUAAAGAUGAUGUUGAAAGAGGUGACUAUCGUCCGGCUACCUUUUAGGAUCGAAGAUAAUGUACUUAAAGGAAGAGUGGAGCCAUUUCAGUCUCGGUACACGCAUCUUGGACAGCUGCUGUUCAACUCAAUGAAAAAAAAUGCGAAUCUAGUAGGACAAGUUGACGCGAUCACAGGUAUCGAAGACACUUUUGGAUGUAUCCUAGAUAUGUCGAUAAAAUGUGCGCUUUGGAUGCAAAAACAAGGAGUUAAAAGUAACGAUAUCAUUGUUAUUUCAUCGCAAAGUGAUCGUGAAAUUUUCGUACCAGCCAUCGCUGCACUCUUCAUUGGUGCCAUUUUCAGUCCAUGGGACGAUGAAAAGGAUACGGAUAUGUCUCGUCAUUACAUCAAAUUACUGCAACCAAAAGUCGUGUUUGCGAAUAAGAAAUCAUCUCCCGUCGUGCUGGAAGCAGCUGAACUCGAGGAUCAUCAAAUAAAGGUCGUGGCGUUUGAAAAUUGUCCUGGCACGAUACCGUUCGCUGACAUCCUAAAGGGUCACAGCAAAGGUUCGGUGGCUAAUUUUCAAUGCACUGAAAUUAACGAAAAUGAUCACACUGCAAUGAUCAUGUUCUCCUCUGGAACAACGGGUCUUCCAAAGGGUAUAACAACUACUCAUCGAUCGUUACUGGCGGUCGUGGAAUCAUGGUUAGGUCCUCCUGUCCACACAUGUAUGUGGUACAGUUGCCUGUUCUGGUUGAGUGGCCCGUUAUUUAAUAUGAGAAAUAUCAUUUUCCAUACUAAGAAAAUUAUCCCGCCACCCUUUGAAGAGGAAUCAGCCUGCAGGAUUAUAGAGAAAUAUAAGGUGGAAUGGUUAUUAAUGAAUACCACUAACAUAAAUCGUCUCGUUCGAUACAAUCGCCUCCAUGAAUACGAUUUCUCGAGUUUGAAGGUCCUGUACAUUGCUGGCUCUCCCAUGGAAAAAGUAGCUCAGGACUUGGUAAAGAAGUGUUUUCCUAAUACGGAUGUAGUACAACUUUAUGGUAUGGCUGAAAUGGGCAACCUAAUUGCUGCGCAAUCGGUCAAUUCUCCAAGCGGUUCGUCUGGGUUAGUAGCUCGCAAUUGCGAGGUAAAAAUUAUUGAUCUGGAAACGGGAAAGACAUUGGGACCGAAUCAGAAGGGUGAAAUCUGUGGUAAAUCGAUAAGUAUGAUGUCGGGUUAUUACAAAAAUCCAGAAGCUACCAAAAAGGUCAUCGACGAAGAUGGAUGGUUACACACGAGUGAUCUUGGUUAUUACACCGAGGAAGGUGAACUAUUCGUUGUCGAUAGACUGUCCGAUUUAAUUAAAUUUAGAGAUCAUUUAAUAAUUCCAAGUGAAAUCGAGGCUGUCUUGCUGACUCAUCCUUCAGUUUUGGAAGUAGCAGUCAUUGGUAAACCUCAUCCUGUCGAUGGUGAACAUCCACUUGGUUUUGUCAGUAUAGUACCAAACAAAGAGGUAUCGGCGAAAGAAUUAAUCGAUUUGGUAGUCAGUAAAUUGCCGGAUCAUUGUCGCCUACGUGGUGGGGUGAUAUUUCUACCAUCUUUUCCAUAUACUCCUACAGGAAAGAUUUGGAAAAUGAAAUUAAAGAUGUUGAAAACGAUGUAUAUAAACGAACGAACUCGUUAAACAAAUAUAGAAUAUAAAUUGCUAAUCAUAUUUUUGUAGGAAGUAUAAUUACAUAUAAAGUCUUAUUAAGUAUAAGGAUAACAAGUUUAUUAUUAGGGGUUAAAGAGAAG